AGGAAGCUUGACUCUACCGGCUAUUCCGGUCAAUUCACAAACGUUCCCCUUUUCGGUCCAGGUUCAUUUCCCCUUUACCAUUUAACUACCCUAAAAAACAAUUCUCGCUCACAAUUUCUUUCCGAAUUAGGGUUUGUUUCUGAUUUUGAUGGAAGCCUCUGUUAACACAAGAACACCAGCAAGAGUUCGUUACUUUCACUGUAAUUGCAUCAGACGUUGUUGUUGUUGUCGCUGUUUCUGUUGUUUCUACUCCUCCCCUUGAAAAAAAAAUAGAACCAGAAAGCCCUAAAAAAAGCCUCCAUUUUUGUUUGUUAUUUUGUGAUGGAUUUAACACAAGCAGCACAAUCAGGUCUCUCACUUGGAUUUCACUCAAGUCCAAUUCCACUACAAUUACUCGAUCAAAAACAAGAAACCCGCAUCGAUAACGAAGAGAAUCAAACCGAAGAUGAGCAAUUUAGCAUUUUGGGUCACCAAAUGUGUAUAAAGAGACCGAGAGAUAACAGUUCUCAAUCAUCAGCGUCAUCGUCGACGACAAAUUCUUCCAAACGGGUUGCCAUGGACCCUGGUUUGGAGUCUCGUCGGGCCAUGGUUCGGGCAUGGGGAAACCACCCGCUUCCAAUCGCAGAUCCUGAGAUUCAUGAGAUUAUGGAGAAGGAGAAGCAAAGGCAGUUUAAAGGUAUUGAAUUGAUUGCGUCUGAGAAUUUUGUUUGCCGUGCUGUUAUGGAAGCUCUUGGUAGUCAUUUAACUAAUAAAUAUUCUGAGGGAUUGCCUGGUUCCAGAUAUUAUACGGGAAAUCAAAAUAUUGAUCAAAUUGAAUUGAUUUGUUGGAGUCGCGCCUUGGCAGCUUUUGGACUUGAUUCUGAUAAAUGGGGUGUUAAUGUGCAGCCAUAUUCCUGUACUUCAGCGAAUUUUGCUGUUUACACAGGGCUUUUGUUGCCUGGGGAUAGGAUCAUGGGGUUAGAUUCUCCUUCUGGAGGACAUUUGAGUCAUGGGUAUUAUACACCGGGAGGGAAAAGGGUCUCGGCUUCUUCGAUUUUUUUUGAGAGUCUGCCUUAUAAAGUGAACCCGCAAACUGGGUAUAUUGAUUAUGAUAAGAUGGAGGAGAAGGCUAUGGAUUUUAGACCUAAGAUACUGAUCUGUGGUGGGAGUUCCUAUCCGAGGGAGUGGGAUUAUGCGAGGUUUAGACAAGUUGCUGAUAGGAUUGGUGCUGUUUUGAUGUGUGAUAUGGCUCACAUUAGCGGGCUUGUGGCAGCUAAGGGAUGUGUUAGUCCAUUUGAAUAUUGUGAUAUUGUUACCUCUACAACUCACAAAAGCCUUCGAGGUCCUAGAGGGGGGAUUAUUUUUUAUAGGAAAGGCCCAAAAUUGAGGAAGCAGGGCAUGCUUAGUCAUGGUGAUGGUAGCAGCCAUUAUGAUUUUGAAGAAAAGAUAAAUUUUGCAGUCCAUCCAUCAUUACAAGGGGGUCCUCACAAUAAUCACAUCGCUGCUCUUGCCAUAGCCUUAAAACAAGUGGCUACACCAGAGUACAAAGCAUAUAUGCAACAGGUGAGGAAAAAUGCUCAGGCAUUAGCGUCUGCUUUGUUGAGAAGAAAAUGCAGAUUGGUGACUGGCGGUACUGAUAACCAUUUGGUGCUGUGGGAUCUAACAACUUGGGGCUUAGCAGGCAAGUGUUAUGAGAAGGUGUGUGAAAUGUGCCAAAUCACUCUAAAUAAAAGUGCCAUAUUUGGUGACAAUGGUGCUAUCUGUCCUGGAGGAGUGAGAAUCGGUACUCCUGCUAUGACAUCAAGAGGUUGCUUAGAGGCUGAUUUCGAGAAAAUUGCUGACUUUCUUCUUAAGGCCUCUCAUAUAACGACUGUUGUGCAGAGGGAACAUGGAAAAAAGGAUUUUCUCAAAGGUCUUCAUAACAAUAAAGAAAUUGUUGAGCUUCGAAACCGGGUUGAGAUAUUUGCUUCUCAGUUUGCCAUGCCAGGAUUUGACGUUUGAAAUAUGUAAUAGAGGCUACUUGCAUGCAUAGCUAUAGAUCUUUUUUCCUUGCCUUUUUCGACUUAUUGCCACUUCCGCAUGGUAACCCGUCAUCCCCCCCCCAAUAUAGCUGUUACUUUUCAUUCGUCUUGUGUAAAUUACAGAUAUAGUGAAUCUCUAGAGUGUUGCCACACUAUCCCAACCUUGUUUAUUCCUCUGAUUGUGUAAAGGUUUUGUUACGAGCCAAUUAAAAUUUGUCAAGGGUCAGAUAAGUUUCUUUA